AUGAAGUCUAAGAUUUAUACUCGCACACCAACCUUAUAUUUGGACUUCAAAUUGGACCAUGGAGCAAAGCAUUGCCAGCCUAUUCCUAAAGGAUGGACAAGCUUCAUUUAUACCAUAUCUGGAAAUGUGUAUAUUGGGCCUGAUGAUGCACAACAAAAAAUAGAACCUCAUCACACAGCAGUGCUGGGGGAAGGUGACAGUGUCCAGGUGGAGAACAAGGAUCCUGAGAGAAGCCACUUCGUCCUAAUUGCUGGGGAGCCAUUAAGAGAACCAGUUGUCCAACAUGGUCCAUUUGUGAUGAACACCAAUGAGGAGAUUUCUCAGGCCAUUCUUGAUUUCAGAAAUGCGAAAAAUGGGUUUGAAAGAGCCCAAACCUGGAAAUCAAAGAUUGGAAACUAGUGAAGAGCACCAGACCAGGUCUCCGUGCUUUCUAGAAUUUUGCCAGGCAUCCAUCCAUUCAGCACAUUGAGUUUCCAAAGCUGACUGAGCCGAUGCUUCUAGAGUGAUAACACGGUUUUUAUAGCAAUGCACACGAGAUAUUUCCUGGUCCAUGCAAAUAAACCUAAUUGUUGCUUCUUUAAAAAUCAGUGUUCUU